AUGGGAAACUUUACUUCAUGUACUGUUUUACCAACGAUAAGGAAUUCAAAAGCAGCCAGAGUUGUUCUACCAGGAGGAGAAAUCAGACAAUUUCGUGAACCAAUAAAAGCAGCAGAACUCAUGUUAGAGAACCCAAAUAAUUUUUUAGUGAAUUCAAGUUCGUUAAAUAUUGGUCGUAGAUUUUCAGCUUUGUCUGCCGAUGAAGAUUUGGAGUUUGGAAAUGUUUAUAUUAUGUUUCCAAUGAAGAGAGUGAAUUCAGUUGUGACAGCUUCUGAUAUGACUGUGCUUUUAUUGGCUGCUAAUUCUGCUGCUAAGAGAAUUUCUGGAGGAAAGGUUAAGAUUUCGCCGGAAGUGUCAGCGCCGGCGCCGGAGUCAACGCCGGAGAUCAACGCCGGUGGACGGAAUUCGGAUGGGGUUGAAGGGUUUCCGGUGGAGCAUGAGUUGAAGUAUAGGUUGUCAUGUAGAUCAAGGAAACCUUCGUUAGAGACUAUUUUGGAAGAACCAGGGAUCAUCUUGAGACCUCGAGGAUACGAGGCUGUGGUCGAGCUCCCUCCCUCGAGGUUCGUUGAUGCUCGGUCUAACGGCAAUGUUGGCCUCGGUCUUGAUGGGACUGGAGAGCUCCCUAGACAUGCA